AUGUCUGACUGGGAAAGCACCACCAAGAUUGGCAGCAAGUUCCGCGGAGCAGGCGCUCAACCCCGCGAGGUCGUCGUCAAGGGCAAGAGUGCCCUGAACGCUGCCCAGCGCUCUGGCGGUGUCAUCACCGAGAAGAAGUACACCACCGGUAACAUCAGUGCCAAGGCAGGCGCCCCCGAAGGCCAACACUUGACCAAGGUCGACCGCAGCGACGACAUCGUCAAGCCCAAGACCAUCGGCCACGCCGUCGCUGAUGCUAUCAAGAGACGUCGCACAGAGGAGGGCUACAAGAUGACCCAGAAGGAACUCGCCACCAAGUGCAACACCACUAUCACCAUUGUCCAGGACUUCGAGCGUGGAACCGCCGCUCCCGACCAGAAGGUUCUCGGAGCCAUGGAGCGUGUGCUGAACAUUAAGCUGCGUGGCUCAGACAUCGGCUCUGAAAAGUUCCCCAAGAAGAAAUAG